AUGGCGACACGAAAUCUCGGGACGAUGUCGGACUCGGUCCUGCAAGACUACCACACCAGGCGGCAUACGAGCGGCCUGAAUACCGAGGAACUCGAGGCGCCACUCGCGCUCGUCCACAGCACGAGCCGAAUCAAUUGGCUGACUGCACGAUACGACCCCGACGACUCGCAGCGGCUGCAGCUGCUCGCCACGGGCGAGGGUGGGUUUGAAGAGCUACUGGGCAGCCUCGACGACAACCUCGUCAUUUACGGCUGCUUCAUGUUUGCGGCGGCCAAUCAGGUCAAGUGCGCAUUUGUGAGCUGGGUUGGCGAGGGUGUGAGCGGUCUCGAGCGCGCACGCGUGAGCAUGCACCGAAGCGACAUGCAGGCCUUCGUGCAGCCUGUGGCGUCCUUCGACAUCCAGGAGCGCGAGGUGCCAGCUGCUCUCUCGGCCGCUGUCAAGGCGUCGAUCGCGACUCAGGCGAGGCUGGCGCGUCCUCGACACGCCUUGAGUUGCGUCCAUAGGCACUAUGUCUACGGCGAGCUGCGCAUCCCCUUCGAAGCGGAGGACGGGUGGAUGCGCGUUCGUGAGACGUCGCUGCCGCAAAAUUGGCUGCUGCUGAGCUACUCGCGGGCCGACCCCGACUUGGUCGAGAUUGUCGGCGAGGGAGACGACGGCCUCGCCGCGCUGCGCGCCGCUGCUUGCGACUCCGGCCGCGUCUACUGGGCCUUCUUCCUGGUCGUGGGCGUCGACACCCGCCGCGGCGUCGUCUCGCGCCGGCCAAAGUACGUAUUUGCGACGGUGGGCGGGGCGGAGGUGGACGUGCGCACGCGGACGCGGGCGCUGCUGCACACGGGUGCGGUCGGCGCGGUGCUGCAGGAGGCACACCUCCACUGCGAGGUGGAGUCGGCGGAGGAGCUCAGUGACGCAGCCGUGGCGGCCCGGCUGGCGCAGAUAGGGGGCGCGCACCGGCCAAACGGCUACGACUUCGGCGACGGCGGCGGGGCGGUUCGGGUGGAGGAGGAGUGA